GGCCCAUUUAAAGGAUUGCCUUUAUCACAUUGCCCAAUCCAUCGGCUAAGUCCUCUUCGCCUCGCGUUCUGGUCGUCUCAUUUUCCCCGCGGCGCGUUUCUGAGGGCGUCCGUAAGGAAUUGAAGUCUUCUGCAGAGUUUCCAAUCGCAUCAUGUCUCUAACAGGGGCAAUUGCGCCUACUCUGGCGACUGCAGUUAAAAACUUUCAAGGGAUAGGAGAAUCAAGAUGGAUCCACCUGCAAGGUUCUCCUCUCUUGAUGCCAAGAACCACCAAAUGCCAUCCAUUAAGACAAACAUUGGAUGCUCGGCAACUUGGCUCUGCUGCAGUGAUUUGUGCUGCUGCCUUGAAUGCAAGAUGUGCAGCGGAGCAAACGCAGACAGUUACGCGCCAAUCGUCCACGAUAACAAUUGCUCCUGUCCAAGGAAAGGAGAAAUCACCAGAGCUUGACGAUGGAGGAACAGGCUUCCCUCCUCGUGAUGACGAUGGUGGUGGGGGUGGGGGUGGAGGAGGGGGCGGCCACUGGGCUGGUGGUUUCUUCUUCUUUGGCUUGCUCGCUUUCUUAGGGCUAAUGAAGGAUCAAGAAGACGAGGGGUCCUACGGCAAACAAAAAGCAAGAUACUGAUCCUCGCCCAUGUUUUAGUUUAUUAAAUACAUAACCAGUUUGUUCUCCAACAUCAAGAUUUGUUUGUUUGCAUGAAUUCACCGUAUGGACAACUUGUUUCCUUAACAUCAACGCCCGACUAGAUAAAUAUAAUCAGGUUAAAGAUCUAA